AUGGCAUCAUCUCUCAGAGCCAAUUGCCGCAAGGUCAUGUGUAUCGGCCGUAACUACGCGUGCGACUGUCUGCUUGUCUAUGCCAAUGCUAAUAUUCAAUUGCCACGAUACAGCGAACACAUUGCCGAGCUGAACAGCGCGACCCCCAAACAGCCCUUCUUCUUCCUGAAGCCCUCUUCCUCCAUCCUUCUCCCCGGCGACGGUCCCGUCCUCCGCCCUAAGGGUGUCAGCCUACACUAUGAAGUCGAAUUGGGUCUCGUGAUUGGCAAGACUAUUCGCGAUCUUGACCCCAAUGACGAGAAGAGCGCGUUCGAAGCCAUUGAAAGCUACAUCCUCGCUAUUGAUAUGACUGCCCGCAACGUCCAGGACGAGGCUAAGAAGAAGGGUCUUCCCUGGUCCAUUGCUAAGGGCUUUGACACUUUCCUGCCCAUCUCCGAAAUUAUCGCCAAGUCGCGCAUUCCUAACCCUCACGACGCCUUCCUCCGCUUGAAGGUUAACGGUGUCGAUCGCCAGGCUGACUCGACUAGCCUUAUGCUGCACCGCAUCGUUACACAGCUUGCUCAGAUCUCCCGUGUUAUGACUCUCGAGAAGGGUGAUAUUGUGUUGACUGGUACCCCCAAGGGUGUUGGUGAAGUCAAGGCUGGCGAUGUCAUGCGCGCAUCUAUUGAGGUUGACGGCAAGGAGGUUGAGGAGGGUCUCAUUGAAGUUGAGGUCAAGGAUCGCUCCGAGGGUCUUUAUGAGUUCAAGGAGACCUAG